GGCCUCUUACUCACCAAUCAAGAAACUCAGUCGAGAGAGAGAGAAGAGGCAAAUGAUUCAGGCCAUGCAAUUGCAUACUCCAUUUCCAUGGGAGACCUUUUUGUUUCAUUCUAUUUCGAAUCAGUUUACAGAUAGGGUGACUACUAGAAUGAGAUGUUCUUAUAAGAACCAACUGAAUCAUUGUCCCAACAGAUCUCGCCUUAUAGAUAUGAGUUCUUGGAACAAAGAAUGGUAUAGACAUAUACCUUCUUUUGAUGAAUGUAAAGGACGCAGAGGUUUCACUUUGUUCACAUUGGUCACUUAUGGAACAUCUGUUGCAUUCCCAGCCUUUGCAAAGAAGGGGAUGAGCCAGUUUGAUGAAAGGCGCUUACUUGAACAGAACAGAAGUAUUCAAAAAGCGAAUAAGGCACCUGAGGACUUCCCGAAUUUUAUUAGAGAAGGUUUUCAAGUCAAAGUUGUGACUUCUGAGAACUAUGUGAAGUGUGACUCAGGACUUAUCUACUUGGAUAUAGAAGUUGGUAAAGGUGAUUGUCCAAAGGCUGGUCAGCAGGUGACAUUUCACUAUACUGGCUAUAAUGAAUCGGGUCGCCGGAUUGAUAGCACCUAUCUGCAAGGUUCUCCUGCCAGGAUUCGUCUUGGAACUAAUGCAUUGGUUCCAGGAUUUGAGGAAGGCAUACAGGACAUGAGACCGGGUGGUAAACGAAGAAUAAUCAUACCCCCAGAACUUGGACCUCCGGUUGGGCCAUCGACUUUUUUCAGCGCGAAACAAUUCGAGGUUUUUGAUGUGGAGUUGUUGAGUAUCCAGAACUGCCAACGAAGGACAAUUGCAUUCUAUUCUGAUCUUACAUGUAAUUAACAAGUCUAUCUACAAAUAAUCAUCUUUUUUUUUUUUUCUGGUUAGACCGUAAUUGGCUUAUGAGAUUUGAAUACAAUUCCUGUGCCAUUGAUAAUC